CAGGGGAUGUUGAAGAUUCAAAGUCUAAUUAUUCAGUUGAGAGGAAUUAUAUGGAGAUUGUUCAAGAAGGUUAUGGUGAAAACAAGCCCAGAUCAUCAAGUGCUGCAGAUUCAGGCAACACCACAGAUCUUGAUGAUCGUGAUCAGAAGAAGGUAAGCGCAACCGGGGUUCGUCAAUACGUUCGAUCUAAGGUUCCUAGGCUGAAAUGGACACAAGAACUACAUCUUUGCUUUGUUCAAGCAGUUGAAAGACUUGGAGGUCAAGAAAGGGCAACACCUAAAUCAGUGCUGCAGAUGAUGAAUGUGAAGGACUUAAACAUUGCUCAUGUAAAGAGUCAUUUGCAGAUGUAUAGGAGCAAGAAGAUUGAUGAUCAGGGCAAAGUUAUCACUGGUCAAGGGUAUAUUGAUGAUGGAUUAUUUCAUGGCUUCUGGCAACCUCAAAGACUUGACAAAGGGCUUAGGUCUAGUUUCAGAAGUGGUGAUAUUUGUUGGGCAGACUAUGGAAAUUGGAGAUCAUCAGGAUCUUGUUUGACAGACAACUCCCGUAUUGGAUCUAACGAAAGCUCACACGUUAUUAAUGUUUCCACAAAGAAAUAUGGUGUAUUAUUAAAAGGCGAUGAAGUUGAAAAGAGGAUAUAUGGAUCUUGGGAGGAUUUUAGGCAGCCGAAAAUGAAUGAAAGGGUGUCGACAAUCCAAGUAGUGGAACCCUAUUUGGUAAUCCAAGGAGAAGGAAAGAAUAAAAACCAUAUUAUUCCACAUACAAGCUGGAGCAGCAAUGUAGUUGAUCAUGAUGAGAAGCAAAAGUCAUUGAAAAGAAAAGGUGAAGAGAAGAAUAUUAAGGUUGAUUUGAACCUGACUCUAAGCCUGGUGCGGCCAAUUAGGGAAGACGAGGAGGAGGAGGAAGUGGAGAGCAGCUUGUCUCUGUCGUUGUUUCGGUCGUCUUCAAAGAGAGGCAAGUUCAUGGACUUGAACUUGAACUUGAAUUUGCCCGCUUAA